AUGAUUUCAAAAUUAAGUGAAUUAAGUGAUAUAGAAUUGAAUCAAAAAGUUUCAAAAAGUCCUGAAAAUAUUGAAUCAUUUGGUUCAUAUUAUUCAAGUGGUUCAAUUGUUCUUACUUAUGAAUCAAUUGAAAAAAUAAUUGAAAAAUGUGAACUAGCACCAUUUGGUAAAGGUGAACAAACCAUUGUAGAUACUAAUGUUAGAAAAGUAUGGCAAAUGGAUCCAAAAAUAUUAAAAACACCAACUAUAAUCAAUAAAAUAGUUUCAGAAUAUAUUUUACCAAGUGUAUGCUCAGAUUUAGGGUUAGCUAAAAAGGAUAAAGUUAAAGCAAACCUAUAUAAACUAUUAAUUUAUAAUAAAGGAUCAUUCUUUUUAUCACAUAAAGAUACAGAAAAAGAAGAUAAAAUGUUUGGUACAUUAGUUGUAAAUUUACCUUCAUCUCAUUUAGGUGGUGAUUUAUAUAUUAGACAUUCAGGUAAUGAAGUAAAAGUAUCAAUGGAUGAUAGUAGUAAUAUUAGUGGUGUUGGUAGUGGUAGUGGUGAAAGUGCCAAUAAAACAAUUAAAUAUUGUGCAUUCUAUGCAGAUUGCGAACAUGAAGUUAAAGAAAUUACAGAGGGAACACGUAUAUGUUUAGUUUAUAAUUUAAUUAAAUCUGAUUCUUCCACAUCAACAACUAUAGAUAUUGGAUCAAUUAUUAAAUCAAAUAAAAUUAUACCAACUAUUGAGGAGGGUAUUAUUGAAUAUUUUGAAAAAAAACAAAGAAAUAAUCAAAUAAAUUCAUCACUUUUCUUAGUACUUGAUCAGAGUUAUCCACCUGCUAGUUUUGGAUUCAAGAAAUUGAAAAAUAGGGAUAUAGUACUUACAAGUUUUUUCGAUUCAAUUAAAUCAAAAUUAUCAGUUCAAGUUACAUUAGGUAUUAUUCAUAUCACUGAGGAAGGUACUUUAUAUGAAGAUCGUGCUUGUUUAGUUACUGAGAAAACCGGUAAUGAAGGUAGUGAAUAUGAAAAAUUAUAUCAUAGAGCUUGUAUAAUUUUAACUCCAACUACUCCAUAUAAACCAAUUAAAUUAAAUCAAGAGCAACCACAACAACAACCACAACAACCACAACAACUACAACAAGAGAAACAAGAGCAACAACCACAACAAGAGCAACAACCACAACAAGAGCAACAAACACAACAACAACCACAACAACCACAACAACCACAACAACCACAACAACCACAACAACCACAUCAAGAGCAACAACAAAAACAAGAGCAACAAAAUGAUACAACAUCAACUUCAACUACUAAUACUAGUACUGCACCAAGUACCUCAAGUACAACCCCAACUGAAACUACAUCAGCCAGUAAUGCUGAAAUUAAAGAUCAACCACUUAAAAAACAAAAAUUAGAAAAAAAUAAAAUAAAAUAA